AUGGAGGAAGAAGACCUUGCAAAGAGAUGGGAAAGACUGAAUCUAUCUAUGACAGAAAGUGAAGUGCUAAAAAUCCCUUCUACUAGGUCUAAACAGGAUCUCCAACGUAGAAAACAUUGCAUUGUUGGGGGUGUCUUGACUAAGAAAGAUAUAAACAGCGAAGCUUUCAGAUCAACAAUGUCACAAGUCUGGAGAUUGGAGGGAUGGGUAAAGUUCAAAGAAUUAGGAGAUCACAAAUUCCUAAUCGAAUUUCAACUUCUGGUUGAUAAAGAAAAAGUGCUGGGGGGACGCCCAUGGUUCUUCGAUAGAAAUUUGGUGUCAUUUUUAGAAAUGGAUGAAGAUGAUUCUUUAAAUGCCAUCAGAUUUCAAUUUGAACCAUUCUGGGUCCAACUACAUGGAUUGCCAUGGGGGGCAAUGACAGAAGAAGUGGGGAUACAUUUGGGUUUAUCGGUUGGCCAUGUCAUUAGAGUGGAUGUUGACUCUGAUGGAGUUGCAUGGGGGAAAGUGGAUGGAACUAAACAAUCAAAAACACUGGAUCUCCAUGAAGUAUGA